AUGUCCGCGGGCCGCCCGUUCCUGGCCUGCGCCUGCUUCUUCUCGGACAACGUCUUCGUGGGGCGCUACGGGCUGCACGUCCGGUACCGGGACGAGCGGCAGCUCCGCCGCGACCACGGGCGGGCGCUGCGGGAGCGGGGCUGCCGGAGCGAGGAGGACUUCGGAGCCGCGCUGCGGGAGAUUGAGGCAGAAGUGCAGAGAAGAAAACAAUUAAUUCAUCAGUCAGUGGAACGCAAAGCCAUCAUCUCAAAGUGCUACAAACGCAAACACCCAGAAGUGUACACUCUGCAGGAUUCAUUCCUGGCCCCAGAUUUUCUAGAAAUUGUGAGAUACUGCACAUCACCAGAUGCUCAUCUCCACGGCCUCCUGCGCUACAUCGAGUCCUUCUCAGAAGAUAAGAGGAUCUAUCGACUCCCAGUGUUCACAGAAGAAUUCUGCCAAGUCUUUGUGGAUGAGCUGGAGAACUUUGAGCAGUCGGACUUGCCUAAAGGCAGGCCCAACACUAUGAAUAACUAUGGGGUUUUGCUAAAUGAGCUUGGGAUGGAUGAAACAUUCAUCACACCCCUGCGUGAAAAAUACCUGCGGCCCAUAACGGCACUGCUUUAUCCCGACUUGGGAGGCGCUUGUCUGGACAGUCAUAAAGCAUUUGUUGUCAAGUACUCGCUACACGAAGAUCUGGAUUUGAGCUCUCACUAUGACAAUGCAGAAGUCACCUUAAACGUUUCACUGGGAAAAGAAUUCACAGAAGGCAACUUGUACUUUGGGGAUUUCAGCCAGGAUCCUACCCCCGUGCCAAAGUACAUAGAGAUCGAACAUGUGGGAGCCCAGGGGCUGUUACACCGAGGAGGGCAGAUCCAUGGGGCGCUUCCCAUUGCCUCUGGGGAGCGCUGGAACCUCAUUAUUUGGAUGAGAUCAUCUGCCAUCCGCAAUCAGCUCUGCCCCAUGUGCAACAAGAAACCUGAGCUGGUGGAAGCAGAGGGGUUUGGAGAUGGGUUCACAGAAACCCUUGAAGAUGAUGUGCCUGAGACUGUGAAUGUCUGUUCCUUGUGGUAGCAGACAGUAGAGCCUGAUUUCUCCAGACCAAGUUGCCUAAAGCUCCUUUCCGCCCUCUCAGACUGCACUAACAGACUCUUGGAUGGAUACACGAGUUGUGUAAGGAGUAGCUAUCGCCUUGGAAAGUGAUGCAAAACCAAUCCUGCUGGGGUUAGGGAAGCCAGCUGCUUGGACAGCUGAAAGAGAUGGUACUUAGGCUCACGCUUGGGCUGGAGGACUGCUUGGAAGUCGCAGAAAAGACGUAGAAAAGAUGCAUUUUGAUUCACUGCAAAGGCUCUGUAAAUAUUUUCAGGUGUAUGGGGAAAACACCCAAAGCUGCUUGGCCUUUGCGAAGACCUCUGUGCUAACAGCAGCAUCACGGGUCCCGCUGUAAAUGGAAAAGAACGGUCCAAUAAAGCCCUGCACUUACCACUGCUCUGCUAUUCGCAGGGACUCCUGUCUUCUUCCAGGGAAAGGGGAAGAGCUUUUUGUUGCUGGGUG